UCUCGGUUCCUCUUUCAAUAUUGUUUGUGGAGCCCCACAAUGGAAGGCCAUGAGUUCUCAAUCCCAUCAACACCACCACUAUUGCCACCGCUUAACCCUAACCCUCCCUAUCUUUUCACACCUUCACUUCCAUCUUCAUCACUGCCCCCUCCUCUUGAAUCUCAGAUACUUCCGGACAUUGACUGGGCUACCCUUUUUUCCGGUCAAUCAGGGGUGGGGGGUGAGAAUGGUCCGAUGAUGGAAAGUAGUUGUGUGAUGGCUGAGAAUCGAGGUGAAGAAGAAAAGGGAUAUAAGGAGAAUAAGAGGAAAAGCAGCAGAGUGAAAAAAGCGAGCCGGCCUAGGUUUGCGUUUCAGACUAGGAGUGCUGAUGAUAUCCUUGAUGAUGGUUACAGGUGGAGAAAAUAUGGACAGAAAGCCGUCAAGAACAGCACAUAUCCCAGGAGCUACUACCGCUGCACACAUCACACAUGCAACGUAAAGAAGCAGGUGCAAAGGCUAUCAAAAGACACGAGCAUUGUGGUUACAACUUAUGAGGGAAUUCACAACCACCCGUGUGAGAAAUUGAUGGAAACCCUAACUCCUCUUCUCAAGCAAAUGCAAUUCCUUGCUAGGUUUUAAUUAAUAAUUAAUCUCACUCAUUUACUAGUAUGUGCAUUAAUUAUUCAAGAACCAAUCAAGCAGAAGCCAUUUGUUCUUGACAUGUUAAUUACUUUCUUUCUUAUCAUGUAAUUUAAUGUGAACUUUUAUGUCCAUGGACCAAUAUCAGGUUAUUUACUAUAAUAAACUUGUGUAAAUUCCCUUUCUUAACAUAGAUUAUCUACCCU